GUAAGAAAAACCAUCCAUGCUGUUUUGAGUGAGAUACAGGUUUCAGAAUUGAUCCCACCUUCAGCCUCUGGGUGUGCUGUUCAAAAUCGCCACGGGUUUUUACGUCACAAGCCGAAAUAUUUGAAUAUUCCCACCCCCUCAGAGCAUACGUACAGUGUCUCCACCCACCAGGUUCAGCAGUAAACUUCUCGGAUAGCAGCCAUUUUGUUACCGAUUUGGAAGCACUGGUUCGGAUUAGACACCAUGUCGAAGUCCCAUGCGAAAUGCUCUGUUGUUGGCUGUACAAAAGAGCACAAAACACUACAUCGUGUCCCAGCCGAAGAGGACAGAAGAGCGGCAUGGAUUGAGUUCAUUUUUGAUGGCAAUAUCCCUGCUACAGUUGGCAAGAAACUGUUUGUGUGUGCCAAUCAUUUUGAGACUGACUGUUUUGCAAACUACGUUCAGUACAAGGCAGAAUUAGCCGGGAAACUCGUUUUAAACGACGGCGCAGUUCCAACUUUGCGCGAAAUACCUGCAGACGAGGAACAUGCCAGUACAUCAUUAAUGUUACAUACAGAAGAAAGACCAGCUACAAAAGAUAUUGGUUGCCAGACUGAGCCCCCUGAAAGAAAGAGUGUUGGCACACAACUGUCUUCUAGGACUCUUCAUUCACAUCACAAAAGUGAAGCUGUCCAGGCUACUGUCUCCUGUAAGGACUUUGGCACGUCCACUGAUCCCUGGACAGCUGCAUCAUCCAAAACGGGGCCAGAGAGAGUGGCUAAAUGGACCUCCCUCCUGAACCAUGUUCAGAAUGUCCAUACACAUGAGGACCCCAUCUUCCCAAAAUGCCUCCACACAAUCCGAAAAACAAGGGACAAGAGUAAAUGGCUCUCAGCAGGAACUCCUGCGUUCUACCAUCUAGAAAAGGAGCUGACCAAGAAGACUGUCCUAAAGGAUAUUGCUAAACUCAGUCCCCACUACCAGACGUCCUCUUUGGAGGCGUUCCAUAGCGUCAUUCUGCGGUUUGCACCCAAAAAUGUUGUCUAUCCAUAUCUGGGAAUGCUGUGCAGACUCUACCUGGCUGCACUGCAUUACAAUGAGAACGCUAAUUGAGGACAAGCCACCACAUCUUCAGGGGAUCCUCUUUAUAAACUCUGCUUUCCAAAAUCCAGGAAGGGAGAGUGCAGAGCCAGACCAGUGAAGACAGACGCUACAU